AUGGUGGAUGAUUGGGACUCGAUCGCCCCUUCCGCUAAACUCGAAUGGACGCCUUGCUUUCAGAACUACACGUGCUCUCGACUAGAAGUUCCCCUCGAUUACGGAGAUCCGAGCAGGGGUAAAAUAGACAUUGCUAUGAUCAGAAUAGAGGCAAAGAAUGUCACCGAGGGUACCCAGAGCCUGCUUAUCAACCCUGGUGGACCUGGAGUUUCUGGUGUCGACACCAUCAUGGAAUACGGUCCAUCGUUGGGAGAAAUUGUCAACUACCAGCACCACAUUGUAGGAUUUGAUCCUCGCAGUGUUAGACAGAGCGGACCGCGUGUGGACUGCUGGCCCGACCACCCAGAGCGACGAGCCCAAUUCGAAAAAAUAUACUACUCUGAGACUUCCAAUGCUACUUCCAGCUCCCUCGGCAAUCAAUACGCCGCAGCAGAGCUUUAUGGCAAGGCCUGCACAUCAACUGUCGGCGGGUCACACGGAAACGCGUCGUACAUCAGCACGCCAGCCGUUGCUCGAGACAUGCUGACUUACGUCGAAGCGGAACAGGUUGCAGCAGGCAAACCAAAGGAGGAGGGUAAGCUGAUGUUCUAUGGCCUUAGUUAUGGCACUCUUUUGGGCGCAACCUUUGCGCAUAUGUUCCCCGAUCGGAUCGAAAGGAUGAUCCUGGAUGGCGCGGUCGAUGCCGAAGACUACUACUCGAUGAAGUGGCAGGCAAAUUUAUUCGACACCGACGCAGCGUACCAAGGAUUCUUUGACUUCUGCUUCAAGGCUGGGAAGGAAAAGUGUUCAUUCUGGGGCUCUUCACCGCAGAAUAUCAGCGAUCGUGUUGAUAGGAUCUUAGCCAAUCUCAGAUAUAACCCGAUUCCUAUCCCCAGCGGGGAAUUCUGUGACAUCCCGAUUCUGGCGACCUAUUCUAACCUCAAAACGCUUUUGAUGCAGGUCUUGUAUGACCCGCUAAGCAAUUUCCCUCUCCUAGCAAAUGUACUUGCAGGCUUGGAGCAGGGUAAUACUACGGCCUACUCGCUCGCAGUGACGAGUGGAUCCAUCCUACCGUUCAACCCGUGCAACAACGGAACUGUUGGAUCAACCCAGGACUACCCGGUCAUGAUUGAAUGUGUCGAUGGCUAUAACGGGCACAAGAUUCAGAAUAUUACGGAAUUUAGCGACUGGGUUAAGGCCUUGAACACAGAGAGCAAGUUUUUCGGAGAGGUCUUUGCCACUAACUCAGGCGCGGUUUCCUGCCGGUCAGUGGAUGUAACUCCACCAGAAACCGGAAGAAUACAUGGAUCCAUUCUUGACCGCAAGAACACCUCGUUCCCGAUCUUGUUUCUCACCCAGCAGAGUGAUCCAGCCACCCCCAAGCGAAACGCUUAUAAAAUGUCUUCCGUAUACCCCAGAUCGGUGGUCCUCAAGCAGGACGCAGUCGGACACACGGCUUUCGUCAGCGCAUCAAACUGUCUUCUGGAGAAUGUCCAGGGCUACCUGAUGAACGGUCAGCUCCCAGCUACCAACAUGACUUGUAAAGCGGAUCGAAUUCCGUUCCAGGAUAUUUAA